AUGGAUGCCUUUGUGAAUAGAUUUAAAGGGACUACUGCUCUUUGGUCCGACGAAAGUAGUAUGCUCGGUGAUUUCGGCUCUUAUGAUGCUGUUAAAGAAUUCUCUCACCCAGUCUUUGAAAUUCCCGCAUAUCAAAAUGCAAACUGCACCGAUGAAAAAUCUGAUUCUGAAUGUCAUAUCAAAAUUGAACAUGGUACAACUACACUAGCUUUCAAAUUUCAAGGUGGUAUCAUGGUUGCUGUUGAUUCGCGUGCUUCUGCCGGAAAUUACAUUGCUUCACAAACUGUAAAGAAAGUCAUCGAAAUCAAUCCAUACCUUUUAGGAACUAUGGCUGGUGGUGCUGCCGAUUGCCAAUUCUGGCAAAGAGAACUUGGCAAGCAUUGUCGAUUGUACGAAUUGAGAAAUAGAGAACGAAUUUCUGUCGCAGCUGCUUCUAAGUUAUUGGCUAAUAUGGUUUACCCAUAUAAAAGAAUGGGAAUCUCAAUGGGAACAAUGGUUACUGGUUGGGAUAAAACUGGACCAAAUUUGUUUUAUGUUGAUUCUGAUGGUAGUCGUUACAAAAAUGAUGUAUUCUCUGUUGGAUCUGGUUCACCAUAUGCAUAUGGUGUACUGGAUAGCGGAUUGGAUUAUGAAUUGUCCACAAAUGAUGCUAUUGAACUAGCUAGACGUUCAAUUUAUCAUGCUACUUAUAGAGAUGCUGCUUCUGGUGGUUAUGUUAGAAUUUAUCAUGUUAAAGAACAAGGUUGGGAAUUUAUUGGCUUGCAUGAUGUUGGUAACCUACAUUGGGAAUACCAAGGGUUAUAA